CCGAACGUCAGUCGAGCGGGGCGCGGUCGCCGUCACGGAGCGGAGCUAGCUUGUCAUCCGGCCGCCAUUAUCUCAUAUUUUAAACGGAUUCGUAUUCAAUUAAAGUUCGGGCUGCCGUUACGCGUUUUUAGUGUCGGUACUAUAGUACAUCGAAGACAAUCUCUGUGGUGUUCAGUUCGUUCGUGCUAAGUGUGUACGACUAGGAUUGGGAGUGAUAAGUGUUAAGUUAGGUUACUGUGUGUUGAGUAUCGAAGAGUAGAGAACCGCAAUUAUCGUCGCGUAGGGUGUCUCCGGUGGGGCCGGAGCGGCAGGCGGCGUGCGGAGCGCAUGCAGAGGGAGCGGUGAGAGCGCGCCCGGCUCGGGGCGGCCGGCGGCCAGGCGCCAAGGCACAAGAACAGCUGCCGACAUGGGAUGCGCCCAGUCGGCCGAGGAGCGAGCGGCGGCCGCUCGCAGCCGACAAAUCGAGAGGAAUUUGAAAGAGGAUGGCAUCCAGGCUUCCAAGGAUAUCAAGCUGCUUUUGUUAGGUGCUGGAGAGUCCGGCAAGAGUACUAUAGUCAAACAAAUGAAAAUUAUCCACGAAAGUGGCUUUACGAAUGAAGACUUCAAACAGUACCGGCCGGUGGUGUACAGCAACACAAUUCAGUCGCUUGUCGCCAUCUUGCGUGCCAUGCCCAACCUGGGCAUCACCUAUGGCAAUAAGGACCGGGAGAGCGACGGCAAGAUGGUGUUCGACGUGAUCCAACGGAUGGAGGACACGGAGCCGUUUAGCGAGGAGCUUCUCGCGGCGAUGAAGAGGCUCUGGGCCGACGCGGGCGUCCAGGAGUGCUUCGGCCGCUCCAACGAGUACCAGCUCAACGAUUCAGCCAAAUAUUUCUUGGACGACCUGGACCGGUUAGGUGCGAGAGACUACCAGCCCACCGAACAAGAUAUUUUAAGAACUAGAGUCAAAACUACUGGUAUUGUCGAAGUGCACUUCUCCUUCAAAAACCUUAAUUUCAAAUUGUUUGACGUCGGCGGUCAGCGGUCGGAGAGAAAGAAAUGGAUCCACUGCUUCGAGGAUGUAACCGCGAUCAUUUUCUGCGUCGCCAUGUCCGAGUACGACCAGGUGCUUCACGAGGACGAGACAACGAACCGCAUGCAGGAGUCCCUGAAGCUGUUCGACUCGAUCUGCAACAACAAGUGGUUCACGGACACCAGCAUCAUCCUCUUCCUCAACAAGAAGGAUCUCUUCGAGGAGAAGAUCCGCAAGUCGCCGCUUACAAUCUGCUUCCCCGAAUACACCGGCGCGCAAGAGUACGGCGAGGCGGCCGCGUACAUCCAGGCGCAGUUCGAGGCCAAGAACAAGUCCACCACCAAGGAGAUCUACUGCCACAUGACGUGCGCCACCGACACCAACAACAUCCAGUUCGUGUUCGACGCCGUCACCGACGUCAUCAUCGCCAACAACCUGCGCGGCUGCGGGCUCUACUAGGCGCACACACACCGCCGGUCCGCUGUCACAGAGCCUAGCUAAUUUUUUAACCUACCGCAUAAGUUUUAUCCCUCUGUAAGUUUCGGACGCUCUCGUUGCGCCGGGUACCCGGCACGCGGGUAGUCAACGAGCUACACCGGUGCGGGUACCCGGGUCGAGCGAGCUGGGCGCGGCGCCGGAUCGGAGUUGUGAUCGUUAUUUUUCCUUGUAACAUAAACCGAUACCUGUUUAGUCGGACGGCCCCAGGGACGGCACGGACGGAGUCGCUAGAGAUCUAGUGUUCAAUUCUAAAUGUUGGUGCUAGGGAGCCCCCUGGCCGGCGUCGCGGCGAGCCGGCCCGCUCGGGUCGGCUCGGGUCUGCUCCGGUCGGCUCGUGUCUGCUCGGGUCCACUCGGUUCGGGUCGGGUCGGCUCGUGUCUGCUCGGGUCCACUCGGUUCGGGUCGGGUCGGCUCGUGUCUGCUCGGGUCCACUCGGUUCGGGUCGGGUCGGCUCGUGUCUACUCGGUUCGGGUCGGGUCGGCUCGUGUCUGCUCGGGUCCACUCGGUUCGGGUCGGGUCGGCUCGUGUCUGCUCGGGUCCACUCGGUUCGGGUCGGGUCGGGUCGUGUCUGCUCGGGUCCACUCGGUUCGGGUCGGGUCGGGUCGUGUCUGCUCGGGUCCACUCGGGUCAGCUCGGCCCGCUCGGGUCGGCCCGAGGCCGCCGCGUCGAUGUUUACGUUGUAUUUGUGUAAGAGUAUUUAUAGCCGCGUGUGAACCCGCUUGGAGCUGCGAAAGCGAACGCUUAUAUACUCACUCUCUUACGGACCAAACGGAAAAGAACCAAUAUAGUAGCACUGAAACUCGGUAGUGGGGAAUGGACACGUUCACAGGCCUAUUUUAACUGAUACAAAACGUCAUUCCAU